AUGGAGGACGCUGAGAAGCAAACCGAUGCCUCGGGCAGCAGGCCCCAGGACCUCAAGGCCCCAGAUGCCCGAGCCGGCGAGAUUGUGCCCACGGGCGGGCUGAAGCGGGACAUGCAGGCGCGCCACAUCAACAUGAUCGCCUUGGCAGGUAUGAUUGGAACCGGUCUCUUCCUCGGCUCCGGCAAGGUCAUCGCCAUUGCGGGCCCCGCCGGCGCUCUCCUGGCCUACACGCUCAUGGGCCUCGUGACUGCCGGCGUGGCGUACACGACGGGCGAGAUCACCGCCUUCAUGCCCCAUACCGGAGGGUUCGUUAGGCAUGCGACCAAAUUUGUUGAGCCGGCUCUUGGAGCGGCGACUGGAUGGAACUUCUGGUACACCAUGUCUAUCUCUGUUCCUGCCGAGAUCAGUGCCGCGGCCACGGUCAUUCAGUUCUGGAAUACGUCUGUCAAUCCCGGGGUCUGGAUCACGAUUUUCUUGGUUGUCAUUGUUGCCAUCAACCUUUGUGGCGUUCGCUUGUACGGAGAGUCCGAAGUCGUCUUCGCGUCACUCAAGAUCAUGCUCAUCAUCGGCCUCAUCAUUGGAGGGCUGGUCAUCAACCUCGGCGGAGGGCCCAAUCACGAACGUAUCGGGUUUCGGUACUGGCAGGACCCCGGCGCCUUCAAUUCGUACAUCAAGACCGGCGCGACUGGUAACUUUCUAGCCUUUUGGAAAGUCAUGCUGUCUGCAGCCUUCAGCUACGGCAACAUCCAAGUUGUUGCCAUCUCCGGAUCCGAGACUCGUGACCCAAGGAGAACUGUGCCGGGAGCGACCAAGAAGACAUUCUACCGCGUGCUGUUCUUCUACGUUCUUAGCAUAUUGAUCGUCGGCAUGCUUGUACCCUACAACGACCCGUCUCUCUCCCUGUCCACCGGCACUGCCCAACAGUCGCCCUUCGUGAUCGCCUUCCAGCGCUCCGGUGUCGCAGUUGUACCAUCAAUCAUUAACGCCGUGGUUUGCACAUCGGCCAUCAGCAGCGCUUCGGCGUGCAUAUUCAUCGCCUCGAGAACUAUGUACGGUCUCAGCGCCGACGGUCAUGCCCCAAAACUGUUGAUGCGAUGCAACCGGUUUGGGACCCCUCAUUAUGCUGUCGGGGUUACUUGCAUCCUGCUGCCGCUUGUCUACUUGAACGUCGCCAACAAUACGUCGGUCGUCUUCGGCUGGUUCGUCAACAUCACCACGGUGGCAGGGCUCAUUGGCUGGGCUGUCAUCGAGUUCACCUACCUUAGAUUCUUCGCUGCACUGAAGAAGCAGGGAUACAGUCGGCGUGACCUUCCAUACAGGAGCCCCCUCCAGCCUUAUACCGCGUGGGCAACACUGAUUUUGAUCUUGCUGAUUAUCAUAUUCUCUGGCUUCGAUGUCUUCGUCAAGGGACAUUUUACCGCAGAAGGGUUUCUAACCUGCUACCUCAACGUUGCCAUCUUCGCUGCGCUUUACAUCUUUUUCAAGUUCUUCCUGAGAUCCAAGGUCAUUCCGCUCUCGGACAUGGAUCUCCAGAGCGAAUUCACUUCGAUGCGGGAGGAACAGGAAGUGCUAGAGGCAGAGGGUGGGAGGGAGAAGAAAUCUAUCAUCCACAGAGUCCUGCACGCUUUUUAA